UUUACAGAAAAGGAUUUUCGGUAAAUACAAAACCUCAUGAUUCAAAUUUUAAUCUAUACUUAAUAGAACGGCUUGGGGUCAGUGUAAAACAGAUACGGGACAAAGCAAAUCGCUAAAAACAAAAGUCAUGAAACAUGAGAAAUAUCUUCGACAACAAUGCUUGGUCGAUACGUCAGUUUCGAUAAACACAGAACAUAUGUUCAAUGAAAAACAUGAUGCAAAUGUCCAAGUCAAUAGUUCUGACUUUUUACAUCAAGAUGAGGACGCCAACACGAGCAACUUGAGUAAAAAAAUAGUUGCAUUAAAAAGAAAUGAAAUGAGCCUUGUAAAAGAACAUUCGAAAAGCAAAGUACCUGUAAUCUCAGGUAUUGACUUUCUGGAAGAUGGAAGAUUGGUGGCUAUUGAUAAUGCGAACAAAAAGUGUUUAGUGUUGGGAGAAUAUCUGCAAGUGCUUGGAAAACCAUUUACAUUUUUUACCACACCCCUUGAUAUUUGUGUUUAUAAAGAAAACCAAGCUGUAGUUACAAGUGGAAACCAGCUUUAUUUUCUAAGCGUGGAUUAUUUAAGCACUAUCGGACUGAUAAGGAAAGUAUCCACAUCAUCGCAAUACUUCUCUGUAUCCAGAUUCAACUGUUCAAUGUUUGUUUGUUGCACAUACGAAGAUGACAAAGCUCCGGUCCGUGUCGUGGAUUUUGAAGGAAAAGAGACCGAUUUCAAAGAUAUCCUAUUUCCAUUCAUCAAUAUUGGAUUAGGUCAAAGUUUUAGUACGUAUUCAAACCAUUUAGGGAUAUUAACAUUAACACAUUUUGAUUCCAACAAAGUGUACAUGUUUAACACUCACACAGGUGGAAUAAUUACUGUAGAAGAUAAAAGGAUACUAAGUCCGGGACAUGUAUGCAUGGGGCCUGAUGAUACAGUGCUUUUCUCUUGUGAAAGGAACAGUUCAAUUUGCCGAAUAACACUUGAAGGUCAGGUCUUGCAGACAUUGGAUGUCGAAAAGCUAAAUCUGACUGCCUUAUGUAUAUCACAGGACGAGACCAAACUUGUAGCGUCAGGCAGCAGUACAAGCGCACAGACAAUCCAACUGUAUAAACUUGCCGAUACACUAUAAACACAUGGUACAUUCUGUCAACAUCCGCUGGUGUUCAAGGGCAAUUGAUAAAUUGAAGACAAAUCAUAGAAGGCUUGGUCGAAUUAUGCAAACAAACUUUAACAUUUUGAAUCAAUAUGUUUUCAAUAAAAUUUAAUACACAUUUUUGUUUGAGGAACUGAAGAAUCUUUCUUUUAAGAAAAUUGCAAACAUAUAUUUACAAAAGUAAACCUUACUGGGGUAUGGUUUUCAUACUGUGGAACAAAGGUUAUUCUGGGAGUUCUUUGA